AUAAUAUUUACGUCUUUUGCCACGUGAAAAACUGUUAUAAAAAAUGUAAAUAUUUAUUCGUGUUAUUUUUUAUGUUGAACUUGAUCAACUUUUGGUGAUCUUGUGUUAAAUAAAAUGUCUAAAGAAUUGGAACUAUAUUCGCUUCCAGAAGCUCCGAAGAAUUUGUGUUUUGAAAAGACUGAAUUUAGUAAAAAAAUAUUUUCAGCAGACCAUUUUCUCCAGAGCCACAGGAAGAAGGCCAAUUUGGAAAACUUGCGAGAUGACCUGGGGGUGUACCUCAAAGUUCUUCGCUCUGCCAUGAUAGACCUGAUCAACAAGGACUAUGUGGACUUUGUCAACUUGUCCACCAACCUGAUUGGGCUGGACCGGGCCAUCAGCAACAUUCAGGUGCCUCUCGGACAGUUGAAGGAAGAAGUCUUGCAGGUGCAGAGCGCGCUGGAGGAGACCCGCGCGGAGGUGCGCGGGCUCUUGGAGAGCCGCGCUCGGCUGCAGGAGCAGCGGCGCGCGCUGCGGAGCCUUGCGGCCGCUCAGCGGCUCCUGGGCGCCCUGUCCGCGCUGCUGGUGCCGUGCCCGAGCGGGGAGUUCCCCGCGCUCUUGGAGCGCGCGGCUCUGCAGUUCAACGAGCUGCAGUUCCACACGUCCCGCUGCGGGGACCUGCUGGCCGCCUCCCACGCCCAGCAGGCGGAGCAGGCGUCGUCGCGGCUGCUGUCGGGCCUGAACGCGGUGUUCCUCGACGGGGCGAGGCAGCGGGACGCCCCCGGAAUGAAGCGCUGCCUCAGGAUCUACCUGAGCCUGGGGCGGGCGGACGUGGCGGAGGAGCUGCUCCGCAGGGAGGUGGUGUCCCCCGCGAUGCAGGACGUGGUGUGCGAGGCCUCGCUGCGGGCCGACCCGGGCGGCCUGCGGGGGCUGUACGCCCGCGUGCUAGCCUUCGUGGACGACCACAUGGGGGAGCUGCUGGAGCUCACCGCGCACCCGGACAGGAGCGUUGCGGUGUCGGGCUUCGACUUCCUCACCAACAGCUUCUGGGUGGAAGUGGAGGAGAGACUCGAGCGAGAUCUGACCUCGGUGGUCGCCUUCGGCAUUCCGGAAGUGUUUCACCAGAACUACUGCGAGACGGCAGACUUCCUGGAGAAGCUGGAAGCGCACUUCAGGACCAGAGAGGAGCUGCUGGCGUUCCGACAGCACCCUCAGUACAAGGCGUUCCUGGACCACUGGAACCUGACCGUGUACUUCCCGAUCCGGUGGAAGGAGAUCGUGAGCUGCGUGGAGACGGCGCUGGCGGAAGGACGCCGGCUGGCCCAGGGCUCGCAGUUCAACCUGCUGUCCUCCACGGUGGCCUGGGAGAGCCUGGAGCGCUGCUGGGCCCGCGGGGUGUUCCUGCCCCUGCUCGCCAACAGGUUUUGGAAGCUGAGCCUCAUGAUAAUAUCUCGGUACUGCACUUGGAUCAGCGAAGUUCUGGAGCAAGGGCAGUCCGCCGGGAGCGAGGCGGACGGGGGCGCCGCGACGGACCGCCUGCAGUUCCUGGUGCACCUGCACGGCGACGUGCUGCUGUUCGCGGACAAGCUGCCCGACUUCGGCGCGCUGGCGCUUCGCCAACUGCCCGCCGUGUCCGAGGGCACGCUCGCCAAGCUCCGGGAGAGCCUGGAGGACUCGGGGCGGCAGCUGGCCGGCCGCGUGCCCGCCGUCACGCAGUGCAUCCUGGGGGAGGUGAGCCGCGACAGCCUGGCCCAGCUGCGCCAGGUCGGCGACAUCCCGCGCCUCUUCCGGCGCACCAACCGCGACGCGCCCUCCCGGCCGUGCGCCUACGUGGCGGCCGUGCUGGCCGUGCCGCUCGCCUUCCACGCGGCCCAGCGCGGCGCCGUGCCGCCCGACACCUUGCGCGAGUGGCUGCGGCUCGUUUUCUCCGCCGUCACCGGCCGGUACCACAGCGCGGUGGGCGACGUGCUGACGUCCGUGCAGCGGACGGAGGAGUCCCUGCGCCGGCUGAAGAAGGCCCGGGACCGCUCGUCGGGCGCCGCCCCGCCCGGCGACGCCAGGGGCCCCGGCGACGACGACAAGAUACGCCUGCAGCUGGCGCUGGACGUCACCAGCUACUGCGAGGGGGUAGAAAGUGUUGGACUGAAGAGAGAAGAAGUGACCAAUCUGGUUGAAUUGCUGGAGCUGGUGAGAGCAGCUCAGACGAGAAACGACGCCAAGUCGUAAAAAAUCGAACUCUGCGAUCAAAUUCGUGUGAAUAUCAAAGAACAAAUGUGUCUAUGAAGAUUUGUCCAUCGCUUCAGCAUUGCAUUGUACAGUUUGUAUAUAUUUGCUAUCCAAACAAUAUUACUUGUUUGAUGUCAUUGUUAUGUAAAUUAUUGUUUUUAUUUAUUGUUUUCAAUUAAAUAUAUUAUGGCUGGCUCGUGGAAACACUAGUUUCAAGGCAAAGAGGACUGGUACAGCAGGGUUUCAAAUCCACUGUGUAAGAGGACAUGGUCAACUCCUUUCUUCUCGUUCUGAACCUCCCUGACUCCAAGAUUUAAAACUUAACUUUUUUUUUCCUUCUUCUUCUCCUUCCUCUUCUUUUUUUUAUUAUUAUUUUUAUUUUUAAAUCCAAUGUGGUUGGAUGACACGAGAACAGAAAUGCAGAAACUCUACAACAUACACCUCCUGCGGGAGCGUUUCAUGUUGAUGUGUUGCACACACCUAGAGACGUAGCGAAUACAGGGGACGCACCACAACGCCGACAGCUAGAAAACUGCUGUGUACCACAACGCCGAAAUACACUAACGCCGAAAAAUGUCAUUGCAGGUCUGCCACAAAGGUUAGGUUAGGUUAGACUAGGCUAGGUUAGGAUUAGCUAGGUUAAGUUAGGUUAGGUUAUAUUACGCAAGGUUAGGUUAGGUUUGAUUGUGGUAUUUUGGCAUUAAGGUACAUUUAAGAAACACACACAAAUUCAUUCAGUUGUUAUUUCGGCGUUGUGGUACACAGCAGUUUUCUAGCUGUCGGCAUUGUGGUCAAUUUUGACAUUCGGCGUGGUGGUAACGACCCGCGAAUACAUCCUAAAAAAAAAGUCUCUGAAUGCUAUGCAAUCUCAGGCUUAUGAUUGUUGGUUAAGGUAAAAAAGGCUUUGACCGGAAAAUCACAAUUCAGGUACAUAGCACUUGAUAAUUUAAAAUUUUUGUGUGUUAUUUACGAGAGUUUUCCUGGUGUCAAUUUUGUCAGUACGAGUGGAUUGGUUUACAAUACCACUUUUGAAACAGCAAGCGUAAAUUAGAAAAAAAAAUCCUGAAAUGAGUGUCUACGGUUUAAAAACUGUCAUUUAGAAACCAAUGUGUAUUGUCUAGCAAUUAGAGCGAAGGGUUAAUGGCUGGGGAAGGCGUAUCAAAUGUCGCACACUGCCUCCCACUGCCCGCACAUUUCCCCCACAUGUCCCCAAGUUAUUAUGUAUCAUCACUAGAGACAAGAUUUUAUGGUUUUAGUUUUAGUCCGGUUUCAUUUUUAAAACAGAAGAUUUCACUGUUGUCGUUUUCAUUUAUGGUUUUAGUUUUAGUCUGG